AGAGGGGCGGGGAGAAGGCGGGGGCGCUGCAUGCAGCGCGCUGGCUCCAGCGGUGCCCGCGGGGAAUGUGACAUCACAGGCGCCGGGCGCUUGUGGCUGGAGCAGGCAGCUCGCCUCCGCCGCGCGGUGCACACCUCGCCCGGGGGAGGACGCGGAGCCCCGGCAGGCGGCCGGGAUGUCGGCGAAGGAGAGGCCAAAGGGCAAAGUGAUCAAGGACAGCGUCACUCUCCUGCCCUGUUUUUAUUUCGUUGAGUUGCCUAUAUUGGCAUCAUCGGUGGUUAGCCUCUACUUUCUGGAACUCACAGAUGUCUUCAAACCUGUGCACUCUGGAUUCAGUUGCUAUGACAGGAGUCUCAGCAUGCCAUACAUUGAGCCAACCCAGGAGGCCAUUCCAUUCCUCAUGUUGCUUAGCUUGGCUUUUGCUGGACCUGCAAUUACGAUCAUGGUGGGAGAAGGGAUUCUAUACUGCUGCCUCUCCAAAAGAAGAAACGGAGCUGGAUUGGAGCCCAACAUCAACGCGGGGGGUUGCAACUUCAACUCCUUCCUCAGAAGAGCCGUCAGAUUUGUUGGUGUCCACGUGUUUGGACUGUGCUCCACGGCUCUCAUUACAGAUAUCAUACAGCUGUCCACAGGAUAUCAGGCACCGUACUUUCUGACUGUGUGCAAGCCAAACUAUACCUCUCUGAAUGUAUCCUGCAAAGAAAAUUCCUACAUCGUGGAAGAUAUUUGUUCAGGAUCUGACCUUACAGUUAUCAACAGUGGCAGAAAGUCAUUCCCGUCCCAACACGCGACCCUCGCUGCCUUUGCUGCUGUGUAUGUGUCAAUGUACUUCAAUUCCACAUUAACCGAUUCCUCUAAGCUCCUGAAACCUCUCUUGGUCUUCACAUUUAUCAUCUGCGGAAUCAUCUGUGGGCUAACAAGGAUAACUCAGUAUAAGAACCAUCCAGUCGAUGUCUAUUGUGGCUUUUUAAUAGGAGGAGGAAUCGCACUGUAUUUGGGCCUGUAUGCCGUGGGGAAUUUUCUGCCUAGUGAAGACAGUAUGCUGCAGCAUAGAGAUGCCCUCAGGUCACUGACAGACCUCAAUCAAGACCCCAGCAGGGUUUUAUCAGCUAAAAAUGGUAGCAGCAGCGAUGGAAUUGCUCACACAGAGGGCAUCCUCAACCGAAACCACAGGGAUGCGAGCUCCUUAACAAAUCUCAAGAGGGCCAACGCUGAUGUAGAAAUCAUCACUCCCAGGAGCCCUAUGGGGAAGGAGAGCAUGGUGACCUUCAGCAACACGCUGCCCAGAGCCAACACCCCCUCCGUGGAAGACCCAGUGAGAAGAAACGCUAGCAUCCACGCCUCCAUGGAUUCUGCCCGGUCCAAGCAGCUUCUUACCCAGUGGAAGAGCAAGAACGAGAGUCGCAAGAUGUCCCUGCAAGUUAUGGACACUGAGCCCGAAGGGCAAUCACCACCCAGGUCCAUAGAAAUGAGGUCCAGCUCAGAGCCCUCAAGAGUUGGGGUGAAUGGAGACCAUCACGUCCCUGGCAAUCAGUACCUCAAGAUCCAGCCUGGCACGGUCCCCGGAUGCAACAACAGCAUGCCUGGUGGGCCGCGUGUGUCCAUCCAGUCCCGCCCCGGCUCCUCCCAACUGGUGCACAUCCCCGAGGAGACCCAGGAAAACAUAAGCACCUCGCCCAAGAGCAGCUCUGCCCGGGCCAAGUGGCUGAAAGCUGCCGAGAAGACAGUGGCCUGUAACCGGAGCAACAACCAGCCGCGCAUCAUGCAAGUCAUCGCCAUGUCCAAGCAGCAGGGCGUGCUGCAGAGCAGCCCCAAGAACGCUGAGGGUAGCACGGUGACCUGCACAGGCUCCAUCCGCUACAAAACCCUGACAGACCACGAGCCGGGCGGCAUCGUGCGGGUGGAGGCCCACCCCGAGAACAACAGGCCCAUCAUCCAGAUCCCGUCCACCGAGGGCGAAGGCAGCGGCUCGUGGAAGUGGAAAGCUCCGGAGAAGAGCAGCCUGCGCCAAACCUACGAGCUCAACGACCUCAACCGGGACUCGGAGAGCUGCGAGUCCCUCAAAGACAGCUUUGGUUCCGGAGAUCGCAAGAGAAGCAACAUCGACAGCAACGAACACCACCACCACGGCAUCACCACCAUCCGAGUGACGCCGGUGGAGGGCAGCGAGAUAGGCUCAGAGACGCUGUCUGUGUCCUCCUCCCGCGACUCCACCCUGCGCAGGAAGGGCAACAUUAUCCUGAUCCCCGAAAGAAGCAACAGCCCUGAAAACACAAGAAACAUCUUCUACAAAGGAACCUCUCCCACUCGGGCUUAUAAGGAUUGAGCGAUGGCCCGUCUUGCCAUCAUUUCGGUGACACACACACACACACACACACACACACACACACACCCCAAGACCACACGUUUAUCCUACCUGGGCUCUUUUGUUUUUUGGGUUUGGGGCUUCUUCCUUUUUUCUUUCUCUUUCCUUUUUUUUUUUUUUUUUUCUGGAGGAUUUGGAACGCCUUUUUGCCCAACUAAGUUGUUCACCAUCAGCCUGGAACUCUCACCGAACUACCACAUAAACUGUGGCGAUUUUACACCAAGGGAAAGGAAAAGCACAAAGCAAGAUCCAAGCUAAUAUCAUCAUCCAAACAGUUCUUAAGACCUGUCACUGAGGCUUCGCAGCAGGCAGUGUAUCGAGACAAAGCAGAUCCCUUCGAUGUAUAGUAUUUGACUUUCUGAAUGUGCCAACUUUGGAAUUUUUUUUUUCAUUGUAAUUAGCUGUGGGGAAUCCAACACACACAGGUUCCCCCAACAACAGAGGCCAUGCGGUAUUAUAUAUUAUUCAUUUUCGCAGACUCUGCACCAGAAGCGCAGACUGGGCGGUGCUGAUUAUCAUAAGUGCAUAUACCUUGUAAACUCUCAAACUCUACUGGCUGUGAAAUAGUGGUGUGCAGGCCCUCGUCGGAGAAAUGCUACUUUAUUCAGAAGAUGCCGGCUACCUUUGUGUUAGAAUAGACCGUCGUGGCUUCCCUGUAGCAGCUCUCUCACAGUCAACAAGAAAAAAAAAAGAAGAAGAGAAACUGGAAAGGGUUCUGUGCAUUUCAUUUCUUUGGAAAAUGUUUGUUUUUUUUUUUUUCGACAUCUGAAAGUCCUUAGAAUGUUUUCAGUGAAAGAGGAUAACUAGGUCUCUGCAUCAUUCUUCUGCUUUUUAUUUAAGUAUUGGUAAUGCUGAUUUCUGGCAUUUUUAGUGAGUGUAUUUGCAUACUUAAACACAUUGUUUUAGAGAAUAUUUUAAAAUUACUGUGAUUAUAUUUUCGAUUUUAUGGCUUCUCCUUACUUUAUUACUUUUUUUUGAGGUUAAACAUAUGUUCUUCUAUUUUAAGAAAGCAAAAGUGACUAUUUACAUUCCUUGUGCAAAAUACACUGCUGUGAAGUCAUAAACCUGAGCCAAUGGUUGAAACUGUGGGUUCCGUUGCCAGAUACAUUGGUCAAGUUCAAGAUGUCUCCAACACGAUGGCAUAGUUAACACCUUACUUACAUCAGUAAGUAAUCCCAACACUCCAUUUUGUUCCAGGGCAUUUUGUUUCUGCAUUGUUUUGAUUAUCAAUUGGAGCCACAGAGGGGUGAGCCUGACUCUCCCCUGGCAACCGUAGGAAUCUAGAAAAAGGCUAAUUGAUAAAUAGAAGUGUCUAAAUUAAGAAAGUUUAUCUCCAAAAUAUCAGUCUAGACACAGGCAAUCGGCAGUUUUGGCUGCCUGUCUGGAAUCUAAAACUCUGAGCCUAAAUCAAAGGAAACCAUACUAUUGAUAGCAAGAAGAUAACAACAAAAUAUUUUGAAGUGUUUUUUUUCCAAGUUAGACAUAUAAAAAGUGGAGAGAUAUUUAGUUCUUGAAAUUUGGUAUUAAACUUUUCUUAUGCUGUAUCUUAAGAAUUAUAAUGUAUACUUGAUGAUUGCCAAGAGGGAAGAAAAGCGAACAGCAGAGCUGGUUGAUCUGAACUCAGUGCAGUUUUCAAUGGGAACAACAGCUGUCCAGCAAGGAGUCAUAUCAUCCAUUAUCAGCGUCUACAUUCAAAGGGCAGAGCUUUUUAGAACACUCAACCUCCCAAGGCACUAGGAAUUUAGCUGAAACCAGCAGAAUUGAAAACUCUGGCAAUAAAAUACAGACUCAACCGUAACCCUUCUGGCAAUUUCCUUCUCAGAGAAGGAGGUGGGAGUUAAAUGUUGCCUUCCCCACGUCUUAUGCCACCACUGUCACAAUGUCCCCGCUGGCCUGGCCAGUUCCUAGAGGGAAGGGUGGACUGGUUUUAGUACUCUGAAGAAAAACCAAGCUGCAGUAUUUGAGGUGCAGUAUGUUAUUUCCUAAUCUUUCCUAUUUCUUAACAAAAAGAUUUUAAAGUACUUCUCUAGUCAUUGAGUUUUUGUUCUUUACAUACUAUUGAUAUAUUCUUUUUCUACUCAAAGUGCCAAAGGCUACAGUUUUUAAUGACUUAACAAAUUGUACCACAUUGUUAAGGAAAUAUAAUGAUAGACGCUAGAAUUCAGACCUCUGCAUGUAUAUUUGAUAACACAUCUUUUGUAAAAAAUAAAUAAUUACAAAAAUUUGUUUACAUUCCACUGGUACCUUAAUUUAAAAUAAAUCAGACUAACAGGUGGUAUAUCUUCUUAGUGUUCUAUUUAUUUUAUUUGCUAAUGAGAGCACUUCUUCUUUUGUUAGGCUGUGCUUUAUUGAUAAAGUAUUGAAU